GCAGCCGGGUGCCCCCCGCCCAGGCGCGAGCGGCGCUCUGGCCCCGAGCGAGGCGGCUCCGCCGGCCGCACCAUGGAGUCGCGCCCCGAGGAGUACGAGCUCAACGGCGACCUGCGCCCGGGCUCGCCCGGCUCCCCGGAGGCGAUCCAACCCCGCUGGGGCAGGAACCGGCCCAUCAAUGUGAACCAUUACGCCAACAAGAAGAGCGCGGCCGAGAGCAUGCUGGACAUCGCGCUGCUGAUGGCCAACGCCUCCCAGCUGAAGGCCGUCAUAGAGCAGGGCCCAAGCUUCACCUUCUUCGUGCCCCUGGUGGUCCUCAUCACCAUCUCCCUUGCGCUGCAGAUUGGUGUGGGCGUGCUGCUCAUCUUCCUUGUCAGGUAUGACCUCAACAAUCCCGCCAAGCACGCCAAGCUGGACUUCCUUAACAACCUGGCCACCGGCCUGAUUUUCAUCAUCGUCGUGGUCAACAUCUUCAUCACUGCCUUUGGUGUCCAGAAGCCGGUGAUGGACGUGGCCCCCCGGCAGUAGGGGCUCAGAUGCCCCCAGAUGGAACCCUGCCACAGCCACCCAGAUUCCGGAGCCGCCUCGCCCUGAGACCCACCCCCUGUGGGAGUUGGUCCUGGAAACUGCAGGAACCCAGGUGGGCCCCGCCGGGCCAUAUCCCAGGACAGGCUGCCCGUGGUGAGGCCACCCAGGCCAACACGGGGCCUGCUCCCCUUGAGAUUGGCUCAGGACACACAACUGGGGCAGGGUCGUGGCCACCACAGACACACAGCAGCCCAAGGAUGGUGAGGCGCCUAGUCGGCCUUGGUCUCAGGAUGUUUCCAGAGGGACAAGGAGAGCCCCCACCCUCUGCCAGUGCAAGGACCGUCUGGGCCUCGGGGCCCCACUCUGGUCCCCCAGGACACAGGCCUGCCAGCCCCCUGGUCACGGGCCCUGAACACACCUGCCACCAGCAGUGAGGGGGCAGUGCCCCCGCCCUCCUCAGGGGCCCGAGCCCCUGCAUAUCUAAGCACCAAUGACCAAUAAAGCUGACGCACCUCCUGCCUCAGGCCUGGGUGGUCAAUGGGUUGAGCAGA